UGCCACAUGACCAACAUGUCACGCGCUGUACAAGGCGAUGUGCGCGAGAUCUAUUUGGACUACAAUGCAACAACUCCUCUUGCACCAGAAGUACUUGAAAGUAUUUACGAUGCUCUGGCGAACAGCUGGGGAAAUCCCAGCAGCUCACAUCACCAAGGUGUCAAAGCAAAAUCUGUUAUUUCAACUGCCAGACAUUGGAUAGCCAAGAUGGUCGGAGGGAAAGAUGAAGACAUUGUUAUUACGUCGGGAGGAACAGAGUCAAAUGCGUUAGUGUUUAAUUCAUGUAUUGAGCAUUACCGUCGUCUAUACCCAAAGUCGGAUCAAUUACCUCAUAUUGUGACAUCUAAUCUGGAACACGAUUCUGUGAUGCUGACAGUGGAGGAGAUGAGGGCAAAUGGGAAAAUUGAGCUGACUGUAGUGACAGCAUCGCAUGGAAGUGGAAAAGUCAGUCCAACUAGCGUGGUGUCAGCACUUAGACCCAACACUAUCGGCAUAUCCAUUAUGUAUGCAAACAACGAAACAGGAGUGAUUCAACCUUUGCAAGAGAUCUCCCAUGUUGUGAAAACGUGGUCAAAAGCCAACUGCUCUCACCAAAUUCUCGUACAUACAGAUGCUGCACAGGCAAUCGGAAAAAUUCCUGUAAACGUAAACACUUUGUCUGUGGAUUACUUGACCAUUGUUGGUCACAAGUUUUAUGGUCCAAGAAUUGGUGCUUUGUAUGCGAGGCAGCCAGCGAAGGUCACACCAGUUUAUCCAAUGCUUUUUGGAGGAGGACAAGAGAGAAAUUUCAGACCAGGAACAGAGAAUACAGGCAUGAUAGCCGGUCUAGGAAAGGCAGCCGAACUUGUGUGCAAACACAUCAGUGAUUACCAUGAGCACAUGAAGACAGUACGAGACUACUUGGAGCAACAACUGGAAUUGGCGUUUCCUGGUCACGUGACAUUUAAUGGUCAAUAUGCUGAGAGUGAGAGAAUUCCAAACACUUGUAAUGUGUCGUUCAAGGGAUAUAACCUGAAGGGUUAUAGGAUAAUGAAGAGACUGAAAUGGACAUUGGCGAGUAUAGGAUCUGCUUGUCACUCAGAGGACUUGGAUAAACCAUCACCAAUACUACUUGCCAUCGGCAUCCCAGACGAUCUCGCAGGCAAUGCUCUUCGUCUCAGCAUUGGCAGAGAAACGAGUAAGCAAGACAUUGACAUCGUGAUCGCAGAUCUACGUGCAGCAAUCGCAACUCUCACAGACGAGCAAGAUAAACAAUAAUUAUUGUAAUUAAGAAACAAACAGAAGUUGCAAAAACUGUCGUGUGAGUAGCUUGCCGCGCUGCAGAACAAAAUAAGUCACUUUGUCAGGAUU